AAAGAACAUUCUAGCGGUCCUAGCCCAAAUAUUCUGCAGGCAGGCGGGAAUUAAAACCUGGAGACUAUUAAGACGAUAGUCUUCGGAAUAUAGAACACGAUUAGACCGACAUUUAGACACUUCUUACACGUGCUGCUGAAAUAAAUAGUCCAUUUUAGUGCUACUAAGCUAGGAUCAACUCUGUCUGUCUGGUAAAAGUUGUUACAUUUUUUCACCACUUCAAGGUAGACAACCGAUAUCAGCAACAGAUUGUACAGUGGACUCUGUCUCUACUACUCUAGUGACACUGUUCUUGUUAAGAGAAGAUUUAGAUCUAGACACUUCUAAGUUCUACUAGAAGACUGUUUAGAGACACUCUACUAGAAAUAUAGAUAUCUAGAAUCUUCUUAGAUCUAAUUCUGGAUGUCUAAUAAAGUCGACUAGAUUUUAAGAUUAGAUAAUAAUAAUUAUUUGAAUCUAGACUCUACUCUAGCUACAUCUAGACUUUCUCAGUUUCUGAACUCUCUGAACUGUAAAAAAAUGGAUCCAGCAGGGAGUAGCAAAAAAAAUAGCUAUACUUAUGAAGAUGCUCAAGGAAUUGCAGAGAACAUUUUAGCCAGAGUAAAAAGUCGUCCAAAAUUGGCAAUUAUUUGUGGGUCGGGUCUUGGCAAACUUGCAGAUAUGGUGGAGGACAAGGAAGUCAUUCCCUAUGGCGACAUUCCAGGCUUUCCAGUUAGCACAGUUCCUGGCCAUGAAGGAAAACUGGUUUUUGGUACUUUGAGUGGCAAAAGUGUUGUUUUAAUGCAAGGAAGAUUUCAUUGCUAUGAAGGCUACUCUGCUCAACAGACAACUCUUCCUGUUCGUGUGUUUCACCUGAUGGGUAUAAAAACAUUGUUUGUCACCAAUGCAGCUGGAGGCAUCAACCGAGGAUACAAUGUGGGAGACAUAAUGGUCAUUAAAGACCAUAUAAACUUGGCAGGUUUUGCUGGAGUGAACCCGCUUGUAGGACCUAAUGACACAAGAUAUGGUCCACGUUUCCCACCUAUGUCAAGAGCUUAUGACCUUGACAUCCGUAAGCUGGCUCUUAGUCUUGCUAAAGAGAUGGGAUUUGGAGAUUUUAUCAGGGAAGGUGUAUACAGUGCACUAAUCGGCCCCAACUUUGAAACUGUUUCAGAAUGUAAAUAUUUACAAGUUGUUGGUGCUGAUGCUACAGGGAUGAGCACUGUACCAGAAGUGUUGGUAGCUAAACACUGUGGCAUGAGAGUGUUUGGCUUGUCUCUCAUCACCAACAUAGUCAUUGAUGAGUAUGAUGCUGAAUCUACUGCCAACCACGAAGAAGUGCUUCAAACAGGCGAGAUGAGAAGCAAAGACUUGCAGAAGUUGGUGGCUGCCAUUAUUCAAAAGCUAGAUUUAUAAACGGUAGCAAAUAAUUCAAACAUUUCUACAUCUAAACAUAUUGACUGUGCAACAAUAAGAUAAAAAUAAUGCUUACAACAUUUGUUUCUACUGAUAAUGUAGUUUUGUAUUAACUUUCCUUUUUUUUUUUUUAUGAAUUUAAACAGAUUGUAGGGACAUUUAUUUAUAUGGUAUAAUCUACAAGAUUUUGCAUUUCUUUCAUUGAUAUUAUACAUUUCCAUGAAUACUAUCCACCUCUAGUUUAUGUUUUGUAACUUUUCAUCUUGUUCACAUGUAACAAAGAUAUUUAUAUUUAGUCUUCCUGCAUUCUGCCAUCCUCAUUCUAGAAGCUUCACACAACUCAUGAGAAAUAGUAUUGUAUGUGAUAUUGUGAUUCAACCUAAACUAGUAUGGCUGUCAAACAAGACAAAAUACUUUUUUACUGGUAUAAAAACUGCCAUCACUGCUAGUUCUCAUUUAUAUAGUUAGCAAAAUCAUUUCAAAAGAAAGUUUAAGAUCAUGUCUAUUGAACUAUUUGAGUCUAUAAAGAGCCUAUGACAUAGUUAAUUGUUGAUUCUUAUGGCAAAGGGCAAUUUACUGUAAACAUUAUAUAUUCUUAAAGCUGAAGAUUGUAUAGUAAUUUUGUACAUUAAAGCAUGCAUUUCCAUAUUUCUAAUCCUUUUGUUUGAUCAUGAUCUGAUCUUAUAGGGUUUUUUUUUUGUUUUUUUUGUUUUUCUGUUAAUGUGAGAAGAAAUAAGGCAAUGUAAAGAAACUAAAUGAAAAAGCUCGAUGUUAGGUCUGACAUGAUAAAAACAAAAAGCAACCAAAAACUAAUCUACAUUUCAGCCAUAUAAUUUCAUUUUUUUUUUUGCUGGUUCUCUCUUGAGAUGUAUGUUCUUUGGAUGCAAAGAUUUCAUAUUGUUAAUGCUAUUUUUGUUAAGCUGUUAUACAUCUUUGUUUCUGUUCAGAUUGCCAUUAUAAUUUGCUUUUAUUGAUAAAUACCUCCGAAGAAUAUAUUGACCUUCUAUUCUUUAUUAAAUUCUAUAUUCUCAUCAA